GUCAGCACAUGAACACUAGGUGGCAGCAGUAAACUGGAGGACACUGAGGAGCCGGUCAGGCUGUGAGCAGUGAGUGAAGUCCCACGGCGGCUGGGUGACGUUAAGUGCGCUGUGGGUGUCGGUGCUCCUGCCUGCCUGGGGCAAGUUUCACAAAAGGAUAACUUCUCUUCAUUUUGACGCUGGACACUCUCAAGACCUUUUCAAACAACAGAGGGGACCAUGGUUAUGUUGAAGAUCUCAGCUUUCCUUGUUGCCUAUGCCCUGGUCAUUUGCCAGAUGUACUGCUCACAAGCCGCCCCUGCCAGACCGGGUAUAGAGUCCAUGUCAGACCGAGUCACGCUCACGGACUACGAGGCGCGAAGGUUACUCAACGCCAUCGUCAAGGAGUUUGUGCAGAUGACAGCGGAGGAGCUGGAGCAGCAGGCAAACGAAGGAAAUAGCAUGGACAGACCCCUAACCAAGCGCUGCUCCAACCUCAGCACCUGUGUGUUGGGCAAACUGUCUCAGGAGCUGCACAAGUUGCAGACGUUCCCUCGCACGAACGUGGGAGCGGGAACGCCCGGCAAGAAGCGCAGUGUGCCUGAGAGCGACAGCUAUGCAAGCUACGGGGAGACGUUUGACAGCAUCUAACCCCUCCUCAUCCACCCCCAACCCGCCUCUCCUCUCCUCUGUUCUCCUCUCCUCUCCUUUCUUCCUUCUCUCUUUUGGAUUGAAAUGCUCCAGUGCAUGUUGAUUUUUUUUGCCUGCUUGAUCCCCAUUAGAAAAGAAAAAAAAAAAAAAAACAAGACCUUUAACUGCAAGCAACUUUUCAGAUUUUUUUUUCCUCUUUCCCCCUUUUUUGGCAGAGAAUGAUUUACCUCCCCUGUCAUUUUCAGACAAUCAGAAUUAGUUCUCAUAACUGUAAGUCUUUUUAGGGAGCCAGCUGAAACAUUGUUGAUUCAUUUCUGUGUGCAUGCAACCACUCAUUUGAUGGCAUUCCCAGACCCUGAAAUUGAAGAGUUGAGAGAGACCACUAAAGUAAUAUCUAACCAUAAUAAAUGAUCCAUUCAUGCGACACCAUGUUUCUUGUUCAAUAAACUUAUU